GUUAAUAAUGUUCCUAUGAGACUGUAAUGCGCACGAGGUUUUUGCAUUUUUUCAGAAAAUCAGUUUUGCCUUUUGGUGUCCUAAAUCCAAAGCCAAAAAAAUUGACGAUUCUCUUCAUUUAUGCACUGACACUUAAUUAUUCCUUUGUUGUAUUCUGCUCUUGAUCUUCAACCAUGCCGAAAAAUAAAGGAAAGGGAGGAAAGAAUCGUCGUCGUGGUAAGAACGAAAACGAGAACGACAAGCGCGAGUUGGUCUUCAAGGAAGACGGCCAGGAAUAUGCCCAGGUGAUCAAGAUGCUGGGGAAUGGACGCGUGGAGGCAGUAUGUUUUGACGGGACAAAACGGCUGUGCCACAUACGCGGCAAACUCCGGAAGAAAGUAUGGAUUAAUCAGGGUGACAUCAUUCUGGUGGGGCUGCGCGAUUAUCAGGAUGGUAAAGCCGAUGUUAUCAUGAAGUACUUUCCGGAGGAGGCGCGCUUGCUAAAGUCCUACGGGGAGAUUCCGGAGUCGACGAAAGUCAACGAGGCCACCUUCGUCAACGAGGAUAUGGAGAAUGACGGGAUUGAGUUUGAUGACGCGGCCGGAGGAGGCAGUGCCACUGAGAGUGACAGCGAUGAUAGUAAGGACGAGGUGGAUGUGGAUGAUGUUUGAGCAUGCCCCGUUGCGCCAGCAACAACACCGCGCUAGGACACAUUGGCCAGUGGAAUUCCCGUGUUCGGUUUGGUUUAAUUUUUACGAUUCGGCGUAUCUCAAGUUUUUCAUAUCUGCUUGACGCGCAGUACUAGCAUUGCAGUUUACAGAAUGUUCUGUGAGUUCAUGUUUGUAGCUGUUAAAGUUAGUGAUUGUGGAGUUGAAAAAUACAUAGCCAGAACCUAAAUUAUCAUGCUUCGUUAGACUCAUUGUUCUUUUCGUUUUUUGUUUAUGGAUAGUCGUGUUCCAUUGAUCAUGAUAAAAAGCUAAAAUAG